CCCGAGCUUCCUCCCAGCACUUGCUCACCCUCUCUCCCUCCUCAACUCAUCCAGCUGGUAGGGGACAGCUUCGGUCUCGUCUCCCAUCAUCGCAACUCGGACGCCCGCCGCGUAACCUCACAGUUGUGACCUAAACUCCACGUCCCACAAGCCCGGCUGGUCUGGCGCAGCUCCCCAGUUCAACGCGUCAUCCCCUGCCCGAGGACCGGCGCUGAAGCCUUCAGCCACAUAGGCACGACAAUCGAUCAUCGUACACGACCAGCACCCACCCGGGCUUCAUCACCAUGUCGGGCAACAACGAGCGGACCCCGCUGCUUCCCAACGAGGCCCCCGAGGCCGGCAACCAGAGCAAUGUCGACGACACGCCCUUGGACGAGCAGGUCAGACAGGCAAGGCUUCGUCGCUGGGUCUCCAUCUGCGUCAGCGUGUUCAUCAUUGUGGCCUUCAUCGCCAUCCUGGUCCUCGCCGGAGUCUUGGACCGCGGCAAGAAGGGCAGAAAUGCAGAUACCGCAGUCCCUCUUUGCACCACCGCCGCUUGCAUCCACGCAGCAUCCGAGCUGCUGUACAACCUCUCUCCCGAUUACAAGAACAUUGAUGCUUGCACCAACUUUGACUCUCUGGUCUGCGACGGAUUCAAUGCUCGCCAUGAUAUUCCUCAGGACCGAAGCUCCUUUUCCACCGCCUCUCAGAUGUCUGAUACUGGCCAGACAAUCCUCCGCCACAUACUGGAGUCACCCUAUCCAGGUCAAUCAAAGCACUCCGCCUUCUCCCCGAUGAACCUCGCGCACACGACUGCAAACACGGACGAAGAGAACUUCCGAAAGAUGCAAACGUCCUUUGGCGCCUGUAUCAAUGAGACUGCGAUCGAGAAUGUCGGAACCGAGCCUCUUAUGGAGCUCAUCAAGUCGGUAGCAUUACAUCUCGAGCUUGCCGAUGAUGUGGCAGAGGGAGGGCUUGGCCAGCCCAUGACAGAAGGCGAGCUUGGGUCUCUUCAUCAGACGAUCGAAUUCCUGGAGAAAAUUGGGGUUGGCUCCUUUGAGCAGCUCUUCAUUGGUGCAGAUGACAAGGACCCCGAAUUGCUGAUUGUCCAAGCAUUCCCAGAUGGCAUCACCCUCCCAUCCCCGGAGUACUACAAGGACAAGGACACUUUGGCAUCAUACCAGAAACUUCUGGAAGAAGUCUUCAGCACUCUACUCCCCCAUGAGACUUGGAAGAAGUCUGCGUCAGUACUGGCCAAGGCUGUCGUAGAGUUAGAAGUCAAAAUUGCUGAAAUUACCCCACCUCCGGAAGAUCUCCAGGACGUCACAAAAUACUACAACAUCGAAAAGAUUGACAAGGUUGGGGAGCUUGGACCUGCGCUGCGGCUUGACAAGACUGUCAGAGCACUUGCUCCUAAGGACUACAAAGACAGCUCAAUGCUACUGGCCUUCCCAGAGUUUCUGACCAAGACAUCCAACUUGAUCGCCGACACGCCCAAGAGAGUACUGCAAAGCUACUUUAUCUGGAAAGUGAUUUACAGCUAUGCUAGCGCCAUCGAGGCACCAGAGGUCAAGCCCAUCUCACGGUUCAACAAUGUGCUGAGCGGCAGAGACCCUGAGACCAAGACGGAAAGGUGGAAAACCUGCCUGCGCCACGUCGACGGAACAAUCGGCUGGAUCCUCAGCAGAUUCUAUAUCGAGGCAGCAUUCUCUGAGGAGGCCAAGAAAUUUGGCGAUGAAAUCAUCACUGAUAUCAAGCACCAGUUCAUCUCCAAGCUGAACGGUCUGAGCUGGAUGGACGAAUCCGUCAAGGAGCUUGCUGUCAACAAGGUCAAGAACAUCGAUCAGAAGAUUGGGUAUCCGACUAAGCCGCCCAACAUCAUGGAGCCACCCGCCUUGAGAGACUAUUACAAAGAUCUUCCCAUCUCAGACUCCUUCUUCAAGAACACCCUGAGCAGCGCCAAAUGGAGUUCUGACAAGAGCUGGUCGUCGCUGGGCAAACCUGUCGACCACAACGAAUGGGGCAUGCAGGCUGACAUUAUUAAUGCCUACUACAAUCCAGUUGGCAACGAGAUUGUCUUCCCCGCGGGCAUCAUGCAGUUCCCCGUGUUUGACGUCGACCUUCCCAGCUACCUCUCGUAUGGUGCCUUCGCUUCUGUUGCGGGACACGAGCUGUCACACGCUUUUGAUAGCUCCGGCAGACACUACGAUGAGCAUGGCAACUUCACAGACUGGUGGACCGGGCGUACUGUCAAGGAAUUCACAAAGCGCGCAGACUGUUUCGUUGCUCAACAUGGCAAUUUCACCGUGGAGGGCACCGACGGGAAGCCGCUCCAUGUGAAUGGCAAGUUGACACUCGGCGAGAACAUUGCCGAUGCCGGCGGUGUGGCUGCCGCCUUCGCUGCGUGGAAGCAGCGACAAGACACUCAGCCCGACAAGAAUCUCCCGGGGCUGGAGUUCUUCUCGCAAGAUCAGCUCUUCUUCAUAUUCUAUGCCAACUUCUGGUGUGGCAAGAUCCGUAAGGAGCAGGCCAUCAACUACAUCUACACGGACCCUCACUCGCCGGCUUGGGCCCGCAUUUUGGGCACGACGGCCAAUUCGCGCGAGUUCAGAGAGAGCUUCAACUGUCCCGUCAAGGAGCCGACUUGCGAGCUGUGGUAGAGAUGGGUUUUAUUGUGCCUUGGCAAAUUGUACGGCACGGGUUUUGGAUGUAUACUGUGAGCUGAAAUAGUUUAAUUAGCUGAAUGAUCAUUCCUUUGUUCUCCAGA